AUGACUAACCACGGUCUCGGGUCUUCACUCUUUCAGGCCCGGAAGAAACACUACCACCGUCAUGCACACCUGCACGACCACAAAAUAAACCACGUUCGUUCACAUGAAGAUAUUCAUAACCGGGACGCCGCCGCCGCCGCAGAAGAAGAAGAAGCCCCCGCCGAGCUGGAGCGCCGUGUCGUUGAGGUCGUUACGACCGUCUCCGUCGUCCAGUACGUCGAUGGGGAUGGGAACUCCAUCGACGUCUCGACUCUCUUCACCCCGCCCAAGACCGAUGCACCGGACGGCGUUGUGGCUUUGACCGUCGACGCUUCUGUCGACAUCAGCGUGCCGACCGUGUCUGUUCCGGGCGUAUCAGCUGUCUUGUCAGGCGUUGAGAGCCUCAUCGGUGCAUCAGCUGCCCCGACCGAGUCAGUGACGGUAUCUACAUCCAGUCAGGACCCAGCCCUGACAUCCGCUCCUUCAACAACAUCAUCACUAUUCCCCUCGUUGGGAACCAUUACAAACUCUAGUAGUACCACCGGUGGCGCUGGGAGCGGAGAUGGAUUUGGCAUUGGUACUUCGACACCGACGGCCACUGCUGCCGCCACGGGCGGCUCUGAUGGUGACUCCGGACCCGAGACCAGCCAGGUGGUAGGAGGGGUUGUUGGAGGAGUGGCCGGCCUGGCGAUUCUGGUACUCUUGGCAAUGCUUGUGUUGAAGUGGAAGAAGCGUCACGGGGGCCAUAUUCUUCUCGGAGACGGACCCAGCCCCAAUUCCAGGGCCCUGCCCGCGGCUGGACCAUCGUCUGGCGGCGACGGUGGUGCUGCCGAGGGUGUAGCAGAACGGUCACUGCCCUUUGCUGUGCCGUCCACUCUGGCGGCCUUGUCGGGAUAUAAGCGAUCUUCCAAGCGAAUCUCCUCAGCUUCAGACGCUGGCGAGAAGGGCUUCCACAGAGUCUCUGGCAGGAAACUGCCUUCCGUUCUGCAGUACGGAGGCGACGGCUAUAAUGACCCACGGGAGAGCGCCAUGAGUGACACCUCAUCCUAUCGCGACUCGAUGGCUUUCUUCAAUCAGCCCGGCACGCAGCGCUUUGCCCUCGGCUCGCCCAUGCGGCCCGAGAGCGGCAUCCAGGUCAUGCGCGAGGGACCGCAGAGGACGCCUGUCACGGAGCAGGGCCCCUUCUACGACCAGCUCACGCCACCCCUUCCCGCCUCGCCGGGCAACGACCCCCUGGGCCGGUCGCUCGUCAGACAGGAUGGAUCUCGCGGCUCUGGCUCGAGGUUCACUGAGAAUAUGUGA